GGGUGGUGAAUUUAAUUAAUACGAUGUUAUUGUUUGGGUAAAAUUAGUGGUUUCCUUUUCUGCAUUUAACUGAUCACAGUUAGUGUGAUUACUUGCUUAAUGUUCAGUGAAAUUGUUGGACUGGGGAGAAGAAGGACAAAGGACAGAAGCAGAAGUUGCCUCGUUGAGGGCAGCGUUUACCCAGGAAGUUGUUGUUUGGCAUAAACUUGUUCAUCCCAAUGUCACAAAGUUUAUAGGCGCAACGAUGGGGUCUUCUGAGUUGCAGAUACAAACUGAUAAUGGUCUAAUUGGCAUGCCGAGCAAUGUCUGUUGUGUUGUUGUGGAGUAUCUUGCUGGAGGCAAUCUGAAACAAUACCUUAUAAAGAACAGGAGGAGGAAGUUAGCUUUUAAGGUUGUCAUCCAGCUGGCACUUGAUCUUGCAAGAGGGCUAAGUUAUCUUCACUCUCAGAAGAUUGUCCACAGAGAUGUAAAGACAGAGAACAUGUUGUUGGAUAAGACCCGCACAGUUAAAAUUGCUGAUUUUGGCGUUGCACGUGUUGAGGCAUCAAAUCCUAAUGAUAUGACUGGGGAGACUGGUACUCUUGGUUAUAUGGCUCCAGAGGUUUUAAACGGCAACCCCUAUAACAGGAAAUGUGAUGUGUAUAGUUUUGGCAUCUGUUUAUGGGAAAUAUAUUGUUGUGACAUGCCAUAUCCUGACCUAAGUUUCUCAGAAAUUACUUCGGCUGUUGUUCGCCAGAAUUUGAGACCAGAAAUACCAAGAUGUUGCCCUAGUUCUCUAGCAAAUGUAAUGAAGAAGUGCUGGGAUGCCUCCCCUGACAAGCGGCCGGAGAUGGAUGAGGUAGUUUCCAUGCUGGAGGCCAUUGACAUAUCCAAAGGUGGAGGUAUGAUCCCUCAUGAUCAGCAGCAGGGUUGCUUUUGCUUCCGCAAGCAUAGAGGGCCCUGAAAAAGUUUUAUUCUUUACUCCAUCAAACAAUUUGGUUAUAGUGAUUUUUCACUAUUUGAAGAAUCCAUUUGUAUCUAUAGUGAGAAAACAGGAUUUGGAUACUAGAUGAGACAAAUACACAGUUGGGGGUACAGUACAGGUAGGAGGUGCUGGUGACAUGUCAAUAUGUUGGGUGUGUAAAACUGUACCUCUCAUUUUCUUUUACUCUUACCUUUUUUUCCCACAUUGGUUUGGGUUCUGUGGGUUUGGGUAUUACUUUCACUUUGCCGGAUUGGACUUGUAACAUGCAGGAUCUUCAUUAUACUAUUUCAAUCAUAAUUGAUGUGAUUAAGCUGGAUCCAUUUGCUUGGUAUUCUCA